AUGGCUACUUCAUUGGCUGCAAUGAUGGCGUGCCGAGCUACAACCUUUGCUCGGCUAUCAUCUCCCGGCUCAGCCGCUAGAUUCGCCUCUCUGGUUCUCUAUCGUGGCCUCGCUGGCGCCGCUGAUCAACAUGGGCCAGCUAAGAGCAACAGUAUAAGAUUAGAAGAGACUGCUACAGCUACCCUUCAUGCUUCCGUUGCCAUCGCCACCAGGGACGCCGUGGCUGGAAGUAGCGGAGCCACAAUUUUUCCAGCAAUGAAGAAAGCCAAGUUCCAGUCUGCCGCUUGCUCACUCGAUAGCAACAGAAACGGCCAGCAAAGUAUUAAACCUUAUGUUUACUUUGCUGACACCCCUGCUCACUUUCCCAUGAUUGAAGAUGAUCCUAAUGACGUUCUGGAAGGAUCCUUUUCGUCAGAACGUGGGGCUGCAGCUGUUGGUAGCCACGAAGUUGGGACUAUUGCUAAUUUGUCGCGGAAGAAGGCCACGCCUCCACAGCCGGCAAAAAGACUCGUCCUUAAGCUCAAUAAAGGGAAUGGAAAAAUAGGCCAUGUGAAUCAAGCAAAUAACAUGUACCUCUUUCCCGGGAUUGGGUUAGGUGCUCUUCUCACUGGUGCUCGUAUUAUCACUGAUGGCAUGUUGCAAACAGCUGCUGAGUAG